GCCUCGCCCCGCUCCCUGUCCCGGAAGGAGUCUCCAGCGUUUCCGGUGGUCGGCGACUCUGUUGGUUGCCUGGGUGAUGUCGUGGGUUCAAACUGCUCAAGCUGUUGUGAAAGCUGGAGACCAGGGGGAUGUGUUUGACGAGGAAGCGGAUGAGUCUCUUCUGGUACAGCGGGAAUGGCGGAGCAACAUGCAGAGACGAGUCAAAGAAGGUUAUAGAGACGGAGUAGAUGCUGGUAAAGCAGUUGCUCUUCAACAGGGCUUCAAUCAAGGUUAUAAGGAAGGUGCAGAAGUCAUUAUGAACUAUGGACAGCUCAGAGGAACAUUGAGCGCUCUGCUCUCCUGGUGUCACCUUCAUGAUAAUAGUUUGACUCUGAUCAGCAAGAUAAAUAAUCUCCUAGAUGCAGUGAGCCAGUGUGAAGAGUAUGUGCUCACACAACUGAAAUCAGUCCCUCCCCGACCCAGUGUUGGAGAUUUAUUGGACUCCAUUGAGGAUAUGGACCUUUGUCGUGUGGUUCCAGCUGAGAAGAUUAAUGAAGCUAAAGAUGAAAGACUUUACGACAGUAAUGCUGAGUUUAACAAAAACUGUGGCAACAGUCCUAGCAGGGCAGAUUGUUCAUAUCUAGAAGGCUGUCAAACACGAGAGCCUUCAUAUUCUACAAACGCAAGCCUCCCCUGGAUUUUAGAACAGACGGCCAGUUUAGUUACACAGCUGGGAAUCUCAGUUGAUGUAUUACAGCACCUCAAGCAACUUUGAAAAUUAUCUUCCCUUUCAAAUGAAAGCAAUGUUCAGAAUAUUGCUUACAGCACUUUGUUUUCUAAUAAGGUAUCCAAAAUCUAUGUAUAUUGAACACUUCACCUGAAUUGUCCUUCAUGAGGUUUGAAAUCUCUACAAUAUUAACACUAUUAAAUGUAGUAUAAGCCACUUUAUUUUCUGUCACUGGUUAUUUAUACUUUAAGACAAGCUGAAUAAUUACAAGUGACAUUGUCAUUUUCAAAUUCCUGAUCAGAAUCAAGCAGUUUUUUUCUUUAAUUGAGUUUAUUGGUACAUUUUAGGGAUACAGUACAGUUACAC